UGCUAUUGUUUCACUAUUGUUCCAUUGUGCUUUGGGCUUUACGUACGAAUAUUUUUUCUAUUGAUGUUACUAGUGCCAUGUACUGAUCGCACAGCUGUCUCGUACAAAACGUUAUUGUGAAUAAUUAGAAUUCUGUGAUAAAAUCAAAAAUGCCUCCAAAAAUUACAAAGAAAUCAAAAAGCAAAAAGCCAAAGUCUCACAUACCCGUCCCUUCCGAUGAGUUUGAGUUCAUGCUCGGAGCAGAAAUAUCUCCGUCGACCAGCCCACCUGCAUCAACGGCUAUAAAUUAUUCAUUCCUCCCUGCAUCGCCACGUGAUGUGCUACGGCUAAAAAAUAGCAUAACUAGGGAUAUUCCAACAUCCGUCGAUAGAAGUGAUCAAUCAACAGAUAACAACGAUGCCAAGGUAGCCCCGGAGGUAUCUGAAUCUGAAGGACAAGAUUCUGUAGCAGUAUCAGAUCAACAACGGGAAUCGAAUGCUGAAUAUUCGGUUGAUACACCAUCAACGCUGCCUCAGAAGUCCAUUUCUGGCCGACGCAAAAGCUCACCAACGAAGAAGACACCCGGGCGCGACGGUCAGAUGAGAAGAACCAUCGGCAACGACAGAGAUAUCAAAGUAUUGCGAGAUAUUACACGUCUUCAAAACAGCACCGCUGCGCUGAUCCCGAAGCUUCCGUUCGCACGACUAAUUAGAGAAACUAUGGAAUCAUACUGCGGGAGAAAACUCUACAUAACACCAGAAUGUUUGAUGUGUCUGCAGGAAGCGGCCGAAAUCUACGCCGUACAGGUCAUGGAAGAUGCGUACCGAUGCACGCUGCACCGUGGCAGAAUAACGCUCACAGCCAAGGAUAUGAAGCUAGCUCUGCUACUGCGAAGCGAUAGUGUGAUGACUAACAUGUAGAGAUUGAAAGUAAGUGUUAUGAUUGUUUGUGAUCGCUAGACGAAUUUUAAAAAGUUUCAAUGAAGAUUGUUUAAUAUAAGAUACAUUAGCAUAAAGAAAUAA